CCAGAACCGUACCACUAAGCGGUACUACCUGUAUACCUGUGCGAUUCCCCAUUCGAAUCUCGACCUUAUGCACUCGUAUCGUACGGCCUUUCAUUCUGCGGAAUGUGAUUCACUCAGGUAAAACGCGACAUUACGUUAACAACAGUCGCAGAACCAUUUAGAUACUUAUUGUUCCACACCUGUUUUUUUAAAAACAAUAAAAAUAUGAUGUGAUUUUGGUACCAUGGAGAGAAAUAGUUUUUCGGUGUUCACAGUGUUCUGUUGUGUGAGUUUGGUGUUUGGUGCGGUCACGUAUGGAGGAAUUACCAUAGAAGGAACCAAGUGCGGACAGAAAGUAUGUAAAUUAUCGGAGUACUGUUCGAAUUUUGAUAGUACCUGUCAGCAAUGUUCUUCGGUUUGUGACGCGAAAGGACAUAAUUACGAGAAGCAGUUGUGUGAAAGUCAGUGCCAAGAUUACCUCCAUGAUCUGAGAUAUGUUAGUAAAACAGGAGGUGACAAUGGCGACUUAAGAGUAACCGUUCAAGAACUGUCACGAAUGGUGACAGUUACAUUGACGCUAGUCAUCUUGAUGCUCAUAGUCUUAUUUGGAGUGUUAGUUUUUCAACUUUACCGAUGGAAAGUCAAAAAGGACAUCACAUGGGAUAGCAUUAAAAACAAAUUCUUUAAAAAAAGAAACAGUGAAAAUAUCAACACCACACCGUCUCAAGACAACAAGAAAAAGGACUUGAGACUUGAAAUACCCUCACCGACACUUGGCAGUGAGCAUUCUCCGGUCACAGUCACUACGUCAAUUGAUCGAAGGCCAGCUGAGGACAGUACAUUAGACUAUGCCUACGACAAUCCCGCAAUGACUAAAUCUCACAACAGCUCAUUUUAAGUAUUCUUAAUUCCACUCAAUAUGUGAUAUUUAUACACUAAUAGUAUUUAGGUUUAAAAGAAAAUAUUUUGAAAGUACUCCGAAUACAGGGGGUUCAAAAAGACACGGCCAAGUUUCAUGCGGUUAUUUCUUAUUAAAAUAAUAUAUGAAAAAAAGUUCCUGUAAACAUGGGAUUGUAAAUCCCAUCCAUAAAGUCUUAAUGAUAAAGGAUGUUAAAACUGAGAUGUUAAAAAUACAUUUUUUUGUAAUUUUUUAAACGUACAUAUAUAUUUUUAGCCGACCAUACCAACAGGUAUGGUAGGCUAUUAAGAUCGA